AGAAGAAAUAGAAGACGAAGAAGAUUAGGGAGAACAAGAAGAAGAAAAGGUUCAAGUCUUGCGUCUUCUGCAAUGACGUCAAAAAUAUUCAACGAGUUAAUAAGGAACAACGAUUGUGGGCGUCGACGAAAUAUUCCGAUGAUUGAAGGAAUAAUUGCAAUCACUUAAUCAAUUCGUGGGAUUGAAGAAAAGCAUAGUGUCACCCAUGGUAACACGCAUGAGGAAAAACCCGUCAGUUGCUCGGCUUGUGGCGAAAGGCAAUUUUGAUUUGGAAUGUUCUCGAAUUUUAGUAGUCCUAAACGGAAACAAAUGUACACACACUUUUUUAUUGGAAAUAACUUUUCUUAGAUUUUAGCGAACGAAAUACGCGUGUUAACCAUGGCGUCGCACGAGAAGCAAUUUUGUCCGGCGAGAGAGGGCAACGAACGACAACGACGUCAAACAAUGCCACACUUCCAAGAUGUCCAGCAGCCAAGUGCUCGGCAGGAGUGGAGGAGCUCGCUUUUGCAGCAGGACAAUUCCCAGCUUCCCCACAUCAAGGAAGAAGAGAAAAUUGACAUCAGCAAGUUGCCACUGCCUGUUGUGAAGAGUGAAGAGGAGGAAGAACAUCCCGCUCACUUCAAAAAAGAGGACCAUCUCCACAUUGAGGAAGAGGAGCAAAUGGAUGUCAGCAAGUUGCCAGUGAUUGUGGUCUCUGUGAAGUGUGACGAUGAUGAAGAUGAAACACCCCAGUGGUCGCAGAUUAACCACGAGAGCCCAAGUGGAGGUACACUGCCGAACAAUCUGUUAUCGCCGCUGUCGGACACCAAUGGCAUCGAAGAACCUUUGAGGGAUGGCGCAGAUUGCGAGGACAAGCAGUUGAAUUGUGGAGAGGAGGAGGCAGCUCCUAAAAAGAAAACUUCUCACACACGUAAAUGUCACACAGCUGAAGAACAUUUCAGCUGCUCAAUUUGCGGGAAAAAAUUUGCUCAAAAUAGACCCAUGAUUAGACACAUGAGAACGCACACAGGAGAAAAACCUUUUAGUUGCUUAACUUGUGGUAAGGCGUUUUCUCUCAAGGAAUAUAUGAAAUCACACGUGAAAAAACACACAGGUGAAACCCCCUUUUGUUGCACAUUUUGUGGUAAAACAUUUUCUCAAAAGAAAACAUUGCAAUCGCACAUGAGGACGCACACUGGAGAAAAACCCUUCCGUUGCUCAUUGUGUGGUAAAAAAUUUGCUCUCAAGCUAAACAUAGUCAAACACAUGAGGACACACACAGGGGAAAAAUCCUUUCUUUGCUCAACAUGCGGUAAAACCUUCUCGGAAAGGCAUCGUCUAGUAUCGCACUUGAGAACGCACACGGGAGAAAAACCAUUCGCUUGCUCGACUUGCGGUAAGACCUUCUCACAAAGGCAUCAUAUGGCGUCACACGUGAAAACACACACAGGGGAAAAACCUUUCGUUUGCUCCGUUUGUAGUACGGCGUUUUCUCGAAAAGUCAAUCUCGAGAUACACACGAGAACGCACACUGGGGAGAAACCUUUUCGUUGUUUAACUUGUGGUAAAACGUUCUCUGUCAAAGCAACCAUGGUCAAACACAUGAGAACGCACACAGGAGAAAAACCCUUUCAUUGCUCUGAGUGUGGUAAAAGAUUCACUCAAAAGGUAAACAUGGUAAUACACAUGAGAUCUCACACUGGAGAGCAAGAAUUUUGUUGAUCCGCGUGUUUUUUUUUUUAACGAUUUUUUGCAGCACAACCACAAAGCCAGUACCAACCCUUUUGAAGCGAACGUGUUGUACAGUCCGUCCCGGGAGGCCCGUAGUUUGAAUUAAUCCUCGCAAAUCUGGCGUUGGUCUUCCCUUACUUAUGAUUUCUUGCUUUGACUGAAAGUCAAGUUUUGAACAUUUUCGAGAUUAUAUCCUCCAUUUUUAGGGAAAAUAAAGCCAAAUAGCAACGCGUUAGCACCGAAUGUUGUUGGUUGUUUUUCUUUUCUCUUUUUUUCUUCUUCGUAAUUUACUCUCGCGUUUACUCGUGUCAUGAACUAUUAGCUCACUAUCGCCCCAUCUUCGCGGCAAAGGUACUGGCUGCCUCAAGGCUCGUAUUUUCACCCGCUGACUGCAAGCAAGCACGCACCGUUUGCACGCGCUCAGUACAGUGUGUGAGUGGUGCACACGCUCACACGCACGCCCUGAGCGGCACAACCUGUCACUGCCUAGCCUCCAUGAUUCUCGUCUCCCGUUGUUAUUUGAACAAGAAAUACAGCUAUUUUGACUAUGAAAAUGAUCCAAAUGGUUAGGAAACACACCAAAAUUGCAUUAAAAGCAUAGACCAUAGGACAGAUAUUAUAUUAUGUUUUAUUAUAUUAUUCAUUUUUUAUCAACUUAUGGUUGAGGAAACCCUUUACCGCCCCUGGUGGCAAGGUGAGGCACUGCCUCAUCUGCCUCCUAUGAGUGCACGUGCCUGGUUCUUUUAUACUAUAUUGUGUGCUUAUGAUAUUUAUAGUAUUGUUUGCCUCCAAUUAAAUCUUUAUGGUGUGA